UCUUGCUCCUCCCAAAAAAAGAACCCAAAAUUCCGAAGCGUAUUUCUUCUGGGGACUAUCCAGCAUAAAAUAUGGAAUCAGACCUAAUUGCAACACUCGAUCAAAUUGCGAGCAGAGAAGAUGUUAAAGGUGUAUUACUAGCAGACGAAAUGGGUUUAUGUCUUGGUGUUUGUUUGACUUGCAACAGCACGAGGCAUUGCAAAGAGCGAUGCAGCUGCAAACGCAGCAGCGAUUGCACGAACAGCUCGUGAACUUCUUAUACGUGAACCAGAAGGACAGGAUAAAUCACAAUACCCGAUAAUCACGCUGGAUUACGAACACAGCAAAGUUGU